GUAAAGCAAGAUACAUAGAAUAUUAUUUCUAUCUUCAGUCGGACAAAUCAUCGAGCAGUCGGUGUACAAUCUCCUUAGCCCCUACGUUUUUGCCACUCAUUUUCUACCUAUCCUGAAUCUCUGACAUUUCUAACCAACCAUGGGUGACCAAAGCCCCAACCCAGAAACGCCGGAGCCCAAAUCCAGACCUGUCGGUGGCACCGAAUACAGUUGGUGCAGGGCAGUCCCCAUCGGCACCGGCAAUACUGUCCUUACCCUCCUCCUCUCGAAACCCCCACAAAUCCCAGUUCUCCAAGAUGCCCUUAUCGCCCUCCAGAACUCCCACCCCAUUCUCCGUUCCAAGCUCCAUUUCGACGCCACCACCAACACCUUCUCUUUCAUCACCCCUCCAAACCCCAACAUCCAAAUCGAACAAUUCGAUCUCCAAUCGUCAUCCCUCAUCCUCCAAUGCGACGAGAACCCUCCCGUCAACCCACACCAUCGGAUACUCGAACACGAAAUGAACAAAAACGCGUGGUAUAAUCCCGACCAUCCGCUCGAAGAAGACCCGGAUGUAAUUUUCGCUAGUGUUUACACGCUGAGCGAGUCAAGUUGGGUAGUGGUGCUCCGGCUGCACACUGGGGCGUGUGACCGUACGGCGGCGGUGGCGGUGUUAAGAGAGUUGCUGGAGUUGGUGGGUGGUGGAGAAGUGGGAGAUGAUAGGAAAGAGACGGCGGUGGGUCUGGCAAUUGAAGAUUUGAUUCCGAGUGGGAAAGCUAACAAGCCGUUUUGGGCGCGGGGGCUAGACAUGCUGGGCUAUUCAUUAAAUUCCUUCAGGCUGUCGAAUCUGAACUUCGUCGACAUUGAUUCGCCCCGGCAGUCGGAGGUCGUGAGGUUGCAGAUGAACAUAGAAGAAACGGAAAGGCUUGUUUCUGGUUGCAAAUCAAGAAGUAUUAAACUGUGUGGAGCCAUUGCUGCUGCCGGAUUAAUAGCAGCCCAUUCCUCUAAAGAACUUCCUUAUGAUCAACGAGAGAAAUAUGCUGUUGUUACCCUCAAUGACUGUCGUCCCAUUCUAGAUCCUGUUCGCAGUAGCCACCAUCUUGGUAACUGAUCACUUUACUCAUUAACAUAUGGUUUGAUAAACUGAUAGUCGAUAGUUGAUAACUUGACCUGUGAAUGAAUUUACUGGUUUUUUUUUUUUUUUUUUUUAGGGUUUUAUCAUUCUGCCAUCUUAAACACACAUGACAUCUCUGGAGGAGAAGAAUUGUGGGAUCUUGCCAAGAGAUGCUACUCCUCCUUCGCCAAUGCCAAGAAC